CUCGUAGCGCCGCAUUCGGCGAGCCCUGCCGUUAUGUGGGAUCCAGCGUCGUUUUGAAGGCUGUUUCCGGCCUUUCGCUUCUUGCGAUGUGACAAAAGCACCUUUGGUUCCUGUUUUGUAUCUCAAGCCCUUCUUCUUCUUCUUCUUCUUCUUCUUCUUCUUCUUCUUCUUCUUCUUCUUCUUCUUCUUCUUCUUCUUCUUCUUCUUCUUCUUCUUCUUCUUCUUCUUCUUCUUCUUCUUCUUUUACUACCUGAUUGCCUUCCAUACUGCACUCAACUCCCACCUCCCCUCCCGCCCCCUCCCACCUUUGAUGCCCUCGCAAAGGUCGAAACGCUGUCGCUCAUAAGCGCCCUCAUGGUGAGUCUUCAUCGCCGUCUCCGCCUUUAGAAUCAAGUCUGACCAACACCCGAGCAAAUGCAGCCUCGCAAACCUGUACGACGCCCUUCGUCGCUAUUCGGGACACAAUGAAGCCCACAUGGCUGGACACGCCCCAGGAAGGGGAGGAAGCCAGCGUCCGCAGGCUCAGUGCCGACCCCUUCACCGCCGACUACACCAUCAACCAGACGCUGCAUGGCCAGUCACACCCAAACGCCCGGCGGUUGAGCAUAGACGUAGCGCCCAACUUCGUCAACCUCGACACCGUCGUCUCGUCCCCCGGCACGUCGGAGGGCACCGCGGACUCUGUGCCGACGUCCAAGGGCCGGGCCGAGCUUGACGACUCAGCGCCGCUGUCCUUGUUAUCAGGGCCGACGCUCCCGAACCACACGUAUCGCAAGGAGCGCCCGACGUGGAUUAGCCGACGAUGCGGCGACCUCAUCACGUUUGCAAAGUUCCUGGGCCCCGGAUUUAUGAUCGCCGUCGCCUACAUUGACCCCGGAAACUACGCCACCGACAUCGCCGCCGGCGCAUCGUACCACUUCGACCUCCUGUUCAUCGUCCUGCUGAGCAACGUCGUCGCCAUCUUCCUCCAGAGCCUUGCCAUCAAGCUUGGCACCAUCACAGGCCUCGAUCUGGCCACCGCAUCCCGCGUCUUCCUCCCGCGAUGGCUCAACAUCUUCGUCUACGCCCUCGCCGAGGUCGCCAUCAUCGCCACGGACAUGGCCGUCGUCAUCGGCACGGCGACCGCCCUGCACUUGCUGAUCCCGCGGCUGCCGCUCAUCGCCUGCGUCGUCCUGACCAUCGUCGACGUCGUCUUCAUCGUCGUCUUCUACCGGCCCGACGGCUCCAUGCGUGGGCUGCGUAUUUUCGAGAUUGGCGUCUGCGUCCUUGUGCUCGGCGUCGUCGUCUGCUUCUGCAUCCAGCUUUCCCUGAUCGAGAACACGACCGUCGGCCAGGUCUUUCGGGGUUACCUCCCGUCCAGCUCCAUCAUCGAGACUCAGGGUCUGUACCAGUCCUGUGGCAUUCUGGGCGCGACGGUCAUGCCACACAGCCUCCACCUCGGCUCCGGCGUCGUGCAGUCCCGCCUCAAGGAGUACGACACCAAGGAGGGCAACCUCCAGGAGAUCCCCCGCUCCGACACGAUAACGACGGAUGGCAGCUAUCACAAGGUUUUCUACUUCCCCUCCAUGGACGCCAUCAGCCACUGCAUGAAAUUCUCCAUCGCCGAGGUCGUCUUCUCCCUUUUCAUCUUCGCCCUCUUCGUCAACUCGGCCAUCCUUAUCGUCGCCGGUGCCGCCCUAUACCAUGGCGAGACGUCCCUCGCCUCGGACAUAUUCGGCAUGCACGACCUCCUCGCCAACAGCAUCUCCUCCGCCGCGGGUAUCAUUUUCGCCUUCGCCCUACUGCUGUCGGGCGUCUCUGCGGGCCUGGUCUGCACCAUCGCCGGCCAGCUCGUCAGCGAGGGCGCCCUUAACUGGCGCAUGCGGCCCUGGCUUCGUCGCCUCGUGACGCGGAUGAUCAGUAUCACGCCCACCAUCGUCGUCGUCGCCGUCGCGGGCCAGACCGGCCUCAGCAACGCGCUGACAGGCACCCAGGUCGUGCUCUCGACCGUGCUGCCCGUCAUCACGGCGCCCCUCAUCUACUUCACCUCCCUCGACAAGUACAUGACCGUCGUCCCCGGCGCCGCGAGCUACGGCUCCGACACGGGUGUCGUGCCGGCGAGGCGCUUCAGCGUCGUCGGCGUCAAGAUGGCCAACUCGUGGUGGGUCACGGUGCUAGCCGUGCUCAUCUGGCUGAUGAUCACCAUCAUGGUCGUCGCGAACCUCGUGCUGUUGGUGAUACAAAUCGCGAGGUAGACAUCGUCGGGACUCCGUAUGUCUUGUUGCGAGAGAGGGAGGGAGGCGACGAGCGAUGUUUCUAACGACUUGACGAUUCAUGAUUCUUUUUGCCCACCUCAUAUAUCGAGCGCUGCGAUGUGUACUGGAAGAAAGGCCUUGCGAUAUACGACGGGACGAGGCAGUGAUUAG